AUGAGGAAAAGGCAGCGCUCCAAGGGGAAGCAGGCAGCUGCAGCAGAGGCUGUAGAGCUCGAGGUGACUGCCACAGCAGUGGCAGCUGCGAAGGGGGCUGUGAAGCGAAGGAGGGGCAGGAAGGUGGAGGAAGCUGUCAUAGAGAUAGAGGAGCUUCUGGAGACUGCAGAGGAGGAAGCCGCCAAGGAGGAGGCCACCGCAGUAAAACCAAAGAGGGCGAGAAAAAAAGUCGUGAAGGAGGACGACUUGAACGCUGUCCUGGUGGAUCUGCCCACAACCGUCCCAGCCGGCAAGCUCGUCGGUUGCCACGUCUCAGCAGCAGCUGGCGUCGAGCGCGCCCUCGUCAAUGCUGCAUCUAUCGGAGCGAAGGCGUUUGCGAUGGACACGCGGUCGAAGCGGCGGUGGGAGUGCCCGCCGCUCAUGCGCGUGACCGCCGCAGCCUUCCGCGCCGCAUGCAACUCCUUUGGCUUCUCCGCUGCCCAGAUCAUCCCCCACGGCAGCUACCUGAUAAAUCUGGGGUCGCCGGAUAAGGAGAUGCUGGCCAAGUCUUACGCGGCUUUCCUGGAGGAGCUCCAGCGAUGUGAAACCCUUGGCAUCCGCUUAUACAACAUCCACCCGGGGCACACCAACAGCUGCGGGGAGGUAUCCACGCCUGAAGAAUGCAUGGAUCGCAUCGCCGGCUGCAUCAACCGGGCGCAUGCGCAGACCUCCGGCGUCACUGUCGUCCUCGAGAAUGUGGCCGGGCAGGGCAGCAGCGUGGGGCACAGCUUUGAGCACCUGCGCUACAUGAUCGAUCGGGUGGAGGACAAGGCGCGCAUCGGAGUCUGCCUGGACACCUGCCACAUGUUUGCGGCAGGCUAUGAUCUCUCCACGCCCGCCGCCUACGAAGCCACCAUGCAGCAGUUCUCUUCCGUUGUCGGCAUGCGAUACCUGAAAGGGAUGCACAUCAACGAUUCCAAGUGCGCGCUGGGCAGCAGGAGGGAUCGCCAUGAGAACGUGGGCCGCGGCUUCAUCGGCAUCACAAUGUUCGAGUGCAUCAUGAAUGACCCGCGCCUCGAUGGCAUUCCGCUGAUCAUGGAGACGCCGGUGCAGGAGCCUGGGCCAGCCAUCAACUACAAGAAGUCAUUGUUGGAAGCGGAGGUUGUGUAUCGCCAUGAAGGGGACGAGGCACUGGUAGGCACAGACAAGCGCGACAUUGCAAUGCUGUACAGCCUGUGCAAAUAG